UGGAUGUCUUAAGCCGUUAAUGCCGUGGUGAUUUGUAAGUAUGUAAAGACUUAGUUUCGGCUUGGUUUGUGGGUAUCUAAACGGACCUUAGUCCACAGUACCUUCAAUAGAAACAUUGACAGCAUUGCAAUGCCUCUUUCUUUGUGAAGGGUCCCAAAAAUCAAACGGACGCUUCUGUCGUCAGAACCAAUCUGUCAAUACCGAGGCACCCUAUUAGCAGCAGAAAUGUAUCGUCCCUCUCAGUUCUUAGAGGUGUUUCCCGGAUACAAGUGUACCGUCCCUGUCUGCCAGUACGGUACCGUAUUCAGCACCUGCAGCGGUGGCAUAUCCACGGCAGUCCGGGCCGACCGUACGGCAGCGGCAAGGGGCACACCGAAAGCCCGUGGGUCUCGCCUAGCAGUUCCUGUGCAACAUGGUGCGCUGGUCCAGCGUCGUUGUCAUUGCUCUCGUAGCGGCCUCCCAGGACGGAGUCUUCGGCGCCAGGCUCACCCAGCGCCGCAGUCUGUCCGCACAACUCCCGGUCCAGCGACUACGGCAUGUCCGCGGGAAGAACGGGACUAUGGUACACCCCAAGCUGCUUCUACUCCAGAGUAAAGGAGAUCGGGAGAAGGGCAGUCACGUGACGAUUAAUGACGUAGGUAGAGCGGAGAGUCCGGAGGAGAAGGGCAGUCACGUGACGGUUAAUGACGUAGGCAGAGCGGAGAGUCCGGAGGAGAAGGGCAGUCACGUGACAGUGAAUGACGUAGGCAGAGUGGAGAGUCCGGAGAAGAAGGGUAGUCACGUGACGGUGAAUGACGUAGGCGAGAUGGAGAGUCCGGAGAAGAAGUAUCAUGCUAAACAAAAGGACUUACACCCUAGUGUAAAAGCGGCAAACAAGGACCCAGAAAAGAAGCUGGCCACGAAGACGUGCACAAGUCCGCGUUGCCAGGUGACGCCGUACUGCUCCUAUAACAACUCGGAGAUAAGCUGCUCAUGCGCAGAAGAAGGGGAGAAUGAAACCGAGGCUGAGGUAAACUGCACGCUGUAUAACCUUGCCGCCAUCUUUGAUGUGUUCCAUGAAGACGCCACGGUGACGUCAGUGUGCAUCGAGACGCAGUUCCUGCCUAUCUACGAGCUGGACUGCCACAUCAAGGGCGUGGAAGGCCUGACGUUCGUCAUCCGGGUGGAGCGGACACCGGAGUGGGGGGAGGGGGUGUCGGGGUGGGGGGAAGCGGCGCCUCGGGAGGGGGUGCAAGGGGCGCCGGGACGGGGAGAGGCGGAACUCCGAGGCCAAGGCAUGGAGCACCUGAACGUGUGUCUGCUGCAGUUACAGUUACAGUCGCAGGAGGUCCUCAGCAAGGACGACUGGAUGGACUCGACGCUGAAGACUGCAAUUACAACUGCGGGGAUCGUCAUCAGCGUCUUCAUGAUCAUCUUUAUAUUCUACUCCUGCAAGGCGCUCUGA